UAACGAACGUGACGCCGCACCACCUCCCUCCUCUCUCCUCCCUUUGUGCAGUUGACAGGCUCCUUCUCGGCUUGGACUGGAACACACAGAGACUAUGGCUGUACCUCCCACCUACGUUGACCUUGGAAAGUCUGCCAGGGAUGUCUUUACUAAGGGAUACGGCUUCGGGCUCAUCAAGCUGGACUUGAAAACAAAGUCUGAGAAUGGACUGGAGUUCACCAGCACAGGCUCUGCUAACACCGAGACCAGCAAGGUCGCUGGAUCACUGGAGACCAAAUACAAGUGGGCAGAACAUGGACUGACCUUCACGGAGAAGUGGAACACUGACAACACUCUGGGAACUGAGAUCACCCUUGAGGACCAGUUGGCCAAGGGGCUGAAGCUUACAUUCGAUUCCUCCUUCUCACCAAACACUGGUAAGAAGAGCGGCAAGAUCAAGACGGGCUACAAGUGCGAUCACAUCAAUCUUGGCUGCGACGUUCACUACGACAUCAAUGGAACAGCCAUCCAUGGCGCAGGAGUGGUGGGCUACGAGGGCUGGUUGGCCGGCUACCAGUUGACCUUUGAAGCUGGCAGGAACAAGAUCACCCAGAGCAACUUUGCAGUUGGAUACAAGACGGAUGAAUUCCAGCUCCAUACAAAUGUAAAUGAUGGCACUGAGUUUGGUGGUUCCAUCUACCAGAAAGUGAAUGACCAGCUGGAGACAGCCGUCAACCUGGCCUGGACUGCUGGAAACAGCAACACCCGCUUUGGCAUCGCUGCCAAAUACCAGAUUGAUCCUGAUGCGUCUUUCUCUGCCAAGGUGAACAACUCCAGCCUCGUGGGCCUGGGCUAUACUCAGACUCUGAAGCCAGGCAUCAAGCUGACACUUUCUGCUCUCCUCGAUGGCAAAAACAUCAACGCCGGUGGCCACAAGCUUGGCCUUGGUCUCGAGUUCCAGGCGUAGGAGGAUGAGGCAGACACCAUUCCAGUCCUCCCAGCACACACGCAUUCCCCACCAAAAAAAUUGUUAAAAAUCUAAAUCCCCUAUUAAUUAGCUCUCCCUCACAAAACCCCUGUUUCCCCCCUAGACGUGUUACAGCUGAAAGCAAGACAGCAUAAAGGUCAAAUCGUUCUUGUGACGAUCCACCACUUUUAAAGGAACACUUAAGGGAACAAUUAUAUUUUGCAAUCAAAGGGCCCAGUUUCGAACAAAACCACAACCGUUUAGCAGAAAGUUUGAUCUUGAAUCGCGUAGCUUGCAAGGGAAUAGUAGCCUCGAGUGCAUAAAUGUUGGCCUCACUUUUCAUUUCCACUACAUUAGUACACAACGCUUUAACUUGUGUCUGCUUUCCAAUGCGGUGAAAAGGGAUAAUCAAAACUAGAUGAGCCCAAAAUACAUGAAGGGCUUGACGCAGUUGGAUAGUUACACCACCAGAUGGCGCUGUUACAUAGCACCAGUAAGCACUCCUUAAGCAAAAGGUGUAGCGGUCAAACAAGUUUUAUUUGAACACGUCUGCACUGGAGAGUUUGUCUUGAUGUAUUAUACAAUGGGAAGGGUUAGUUGUCCCUGAUGUAAGCAGCUGUCUGUAGCUCUAAGAGACACUACACCCCAAUGUGUACAUUCUGUGUUUUUGUCUCACUUGUUUUUUGUGUCUGUGCAUUUGGUGUGAACCAUGUCUUUUGUUACAUAUAGCAAAGAGAAUAUUAUUUUAUUGAUGGUCUUGCAUAGUUCAAUCCAUCUGAGAAGUCUUACGGAGGCAAAGACCUGUCAAUUCUUUCUGGUUGAGCAACAAACUGGAAACCUAUCAUGCACACAGCUGAACUUCUAUGGAUAAGAGUUACAGUGCUUCUUUGAAGGAGGAUGAAAAGAAUAAAUACAAUGGCCUGGAAAUGGUAGUCUUCCAUAACUGGUUAUGGGAUCAUGGUUAGUGUACUUGACAGUAUUGUCAUUCCCUGAACUAAAUAAAGAACAUCUUGAACCGG